AUGGCCGCGUGGGGAAGGAGGCGUCUGGGCCUGGGCAGCAGCCGCAGUGGCAGUGCCCAAGAGAGGGUAACCUUGUCAGCCACGGACUGCUACAUCGCGCACGAGAUCUACAAUAGUGAGAAUGCCCAGGACCAGUUUGAGUAUGAGCUGGAACAGGCCCUGGAAGCCCAGUACAAGUACAUUGUCAUUGAGCCCACCCAAAUUGAUGACGAGACAGCGCGCUGGAUCACCGUGGGCAACUGCCUGCAUAAGACAGCUUUGCUGGCUGGCACCGCCUGCCUCUUUACCCCAUUGGCCCUUCCCUUAGAUUAUUCCCACUACUUCUCCCUGCCUGCUGGUGUGUUGAGCUUGGCCUGCUGCACCCUCUGUGGGAUCUCCUGGCAGUCUGACCCUUGCUGCAAGUACCAAGUGGAGUACGAUGCCUAUAAACUGUCUCGACUGCCUCUGCACACACUCACCUCCUCUACCCCAGUGGUGCUGGUCCGGAAGGACAGCCUGCACAGAAAGAGACUGCGCAACACGAUAGCACUGGCUGCCUUGGUGUACUGUGUAAAGAAGACUUACGAACUCUAUGCUGUAUGA